UCGUCGCCACUAUGAGGGUUGGAACCUCUUUCAUUAUACUCCUGCUGGCUCAGGCUUCCGUCAGCAUCGCAGGAGCCAUGACCCCUGUGAUGUUGCCAUUUCACAUCUAUGAUGAAUCUGAACCACAAAGCCAAGAUCCCUCCCAUAUUAUAGGUGAAGUUAUCGCCAGUGAAUUUAGUCGCCAUGUUCCAGCCUUGAGUAACAAUCUGCGGGCGGAGUUGAACGUCAUGAGAAAUGAUAUAACUCAUCAUUUCGACUCACUUAAGCAUUACAUGGACAACAAACUUGACAGAAUGCAGAGAGACGCUCCGAGCAGCAUUGGAUAUGAGGACACCAGCAGCUUAGGCGAGGUGAGCGAGGCUCGCUUCAGCUCUUCCCAUACGAACGCCGCUUCCAUCCGCCAUAACCUUGCAAUGGCGGAGCUACGGCGUCUGAGUGCCGACCUUACUCGUACCCUAAAUGAACAAGUAAGCAAAUUAAGGGAAGAACUUCGCUCCAACCUUGACCACCUCAAGCAACAAGUUCAAAAUUCUACAGAAAAUAUGGCUGAACGCCUUCAAGAGGAGUUUACUGCAAAAGCAGACGAGAGCACAACUAUGCUGAAGAAGGUGUUCUUCCUCACGCGGAACCAGAUGGCGAUGAUUCAGUCUCAACUAGGCAACAUUACUACAGCUCUUCAAGAAGAACCAGAACGGACCAAGGCUGAAGCAGAGUCAUUCACUCACACUAUAAUAGAUACUACCACCACCACCACCGUACAGACCCCUACCAUCACACAGACCCCCACUGUCACCACCACGCAGACCUCCACCACACAAAUCCCCACCAUUACCACCCCACAGUUCUCCACCACACAGGCCCCCACUGCCACCACCACACAGGCCCCCACUGUCACCACCACACAGACCUCUACUUCCACAGAGAUGCCAGUCUCUACACAGACCACAACUACGCAAUCCCCUACUAUGACACAAACCCCCACCACUGCACAAACCCGAACCACCACAGAAACACCAAUUCUAACCACAUCUACCAUCCCACCUACCACUAGCACUGCCACAUCCACAUCAACUGAGUGGAUGCUGCAGGAAAAGGUGUUUCCCCGUGACUGUGAAGAUGCGCUUAAGGGCGGCCAGCAGUCGGGCGUCACUAGAAUACGACCAGCAGCUGACAUGGAACCCAAGAAAGUGUGGUGCGAGCAAGAGUUAGAUGGUGGCGGGUGGACGGUAAUGCUACGAAGGUGGCACCAACCUACACAACUGGACUUCAGGCGCUCCUGGGAGUCUUACUCGACUGGCUUUGGUGACCCUAAUGGAGAGUACUGGAUAGUGACAGAAUCUGAUUUAAUCAAUGAGAUGAGGAAAAAUUUUACUGAAUUACUCAGAUUAAGUAAAAACCUUAUCUACAACAGUGUGGGCCCAUCCAAUUAUUACAAACAUGGUUAUGAGCUAAAUGUGGGCGGCUACAACGAGUCCAGCACUGCUGGUGAUGCCAUGGAAUACCACAAUGGUAUGGACUUCAGCACAUACGAUGGAGACAAUGAUAGUGCCACAGGUGGAAGCUGCUCGGAAUGGUCAGGAGGCGGCGGUUGGUGGUUCAACUACUGCUACUACAGCAACCCCACUGGUAUCUACCCACCUGCUGACCUGCCAGACAACACCAAGGUGGACCACCUGCUGGAAUGGAGAAAGUGGCAGGGUUACCACACCUACCUCUCCUCCCUCAUCAUGAUGAUCAGGCCAAACUGACGUUCUCUUCCUGCACCUGUCACACUUGGGAUCAUCUUAACAGUAGCUGCUGGUAGUGUGUAGCACCACACAAAGCUAGUAGUAUGGUGUAGUGUAGUCUAGUCAUUGGUGUAGACAGGUUUAUAACACUGGAAUUUUCAUAAAAUGGGAGAUAGGUAACCUUGUUUUAUUUACUACACUUAAUGGUUUACAUAUACUUUAUUAAUCUUAUUAUGUUGAUAAACACAUGGCACGCUUCUCUAAUAGAACGUGACAAAACUAGCUCAGUUAAACUGCACUCUCUUCACUAUUAUAUGUGAUUAGCGUAAUUACCAAUAAUGCAUGCAUACUGGUAGAGAAAAUACAGAAGCAGAUUAUAUGCAUAUAGUUUUUGCUACUACACUGAUUUGUGCACUUAUCUCAAUACUAAACCGUACGAUGUAUAAUGAUCAAAUAAAUCUGAUCGUGUUAA